AUGAACAUACCCAAUAAUAUUAACAAUAACAUGAAUAAUAACUAUAACAAUGAGAAUUAUAAUAAUGUUAAUAACAACUCCAGAAACAUCAUAAAUAAUAAUUUGAACAUGCCUGCGGGAAUAAAUAAUAUGGCAAACAAUAUGAAGGAUAGACCUAAUAAUAUGAAGAACUUCCCUAAUGGGGUAAAUGGCUUAAAUAAUAAUAUUGGCAAUAUUAACAACCUUAAUAAAAUGCAUAAUCCGAUUGGGAAAAUGCAUGGACAUAUUAAUAAUAUGGGUGCUAUGAAUAAUAAUAUAAAGCAUGGUGUGCAAAAUAUUAUAAAUGGCAUGCCAAGUGGCAUAAAUAAUAUGCAUUCCAAUUUGAAUAACAUCCCUGAUAAUAUAAAAAACAUGGCAAAUGCCAUGAAUCCUAUACCAAAUAACAUAAAUGAUAUUAGGGUGAAUGCAAAUUAUCCCAUGAACAAUAUAAAUACAAAUGUCAAUUCAAAUAAUAACGUUAAUAUUCCAAAUGAUAUGAAACACAGAAUGAGAGUAAACAGCUCUGAAAUAACUAACAAUGUGAAAUUCAAUAAUAUGAUGAAUAACAAUAAUAAUGGCCAUUUUGGUGCCCCUGAUAAUUCAAACCGAAAUAUGUUUUAUGUAAAUGAUAUGAAAAAUGUUGACAAUAAUGUUAUAAAUAUGCAUAAUAAAAGAAAUAGUACUGCUAAAGAAAAGCAAAAUAAUAUUCCCCAAUUUCGAGAAAAGGAAUAUCUUGAAAAUGUGGGGCAUAGAGAUAAAUAUUUAUUAAAUAAAAAUGAAACUGAUAAAAUUUAUUUACAAAAUAAACAAUUAAAUAAUUUAAAUCAGGGGAAUAUCCAAAACAUCAAUAAUAACAAUACGAGAAACAAUAGUACAGGGAGUAUUAGCCGAAUGAUUAACAAUAGUGUACAAAACACAAUAAAUAUAAAUUCUAAUAAUAAUAUAAACCCAGUGGCUAACAUAGGAAAUAAUAAUGAUAACAAUAAUAAUAUUCUUCAAAGGAACAUGAAAAAUUUAGAAAAUGGGGGAAUGCAUAACCCCUUAAAUAUGAAUCAGAUGAAUACAAUGAAUUUAAAUAAAAAUUUUAAUUUUAGUUCGAAUGAUCCCCAUAAUUUUAAUAUAAAUGGUGUAGCAGAUAAUAAAAUGAAUAACAAAUUUAUAGAUUCAAAUUAUAAUAAUAUAAAUAAAAAUAUUAAUGUACCAUUUAACGAAGAGUCAAAAUAUGACCCGUAUAACUUAGGAAACAACGUUAAUCGAAACAAUGGAAAUAAUGGCAUUGUAGUAGACAAAAAUAUGAACAAUCCGGAAUAUUCUUUUUCAAAACAACAUAAUGGUGGUAUGUUUGAUGUUAAAGCACACAAAGGAAAAGAAAAUUUUGGAGGAAUAAAAAAUAUGAAUAAUACAAAUAAAGUUGGCCAAGACAUUAUAAAUAUGUCUGCAUCAAAUAUUCAAAAAUUAAAUGAAAAAAACCAAAAAGCAAAUGGAAAUAAUAAUAAUUUUAUGGGAAACAACAUACCAAAAAAUAUGGAAAAUGCCGAUUUAUAUAAAUUACAGAUGAAUUAUGAUAAAUUAAAUCCAAAUGAUCCAAAUAAUUAUAUAAAUAAAAUGGAUAAUUAUAAUGAUUUUAUAAAAGAAAACAACAAAGGAAAAUAUAUACCUGGAAACAAAUAUAAUACUAAUGCAAAUAGUAAAGGAGGAGAUCCGUCAAAAAAUAAAAUACAAAAAAUGGAAAAUGAAUUAAUAAAUAAAAAUUUUAACAACAUCAAUAAUAAUAAUGAAAAUGGUUCAAAUGCUCAUAUGAAUGAAAAUAUGAUAUAUGAAGAAAUCAAGAAAAUGAAUAACGCAUCUUUUGAAAAAAUGGUUGGGAAUGAUAUGCUCAUGUUUAAUGGACAUCGUUCCAUAGAAAAUGGCAUAAAUCAAAUGGUUAAUAUGCAGGGUUUUAGAGAUAUGAAAAACAUUCUUAACAUAAAUAAUUAUCGUAUGGCCAACGAUAAUGAUCCUAGAUCCAAUGAAAAAAGCAAUAAUAUGUUCAAUAACCAGAGACCUAGUUUCGAAGGCUAUAAUGGUGCAGAAAAUCUAAAAGGAACAGGGAAUGAAUUCGAAGAAAAAAAACGAAAAAAAAAAAGAGAAAAAAAAAAUGAAAAAAAUGGAUUGAGCCGUGACAAAAAUUUAGAUGACAAAACUACAAUAAACCAACUCAUGGAAUAUAAUGGUUUCAUGCACACUUUAAAUGAAAAUAAUGAAAGUGGUGAAAUUGGCCAAAAUAUAGGCAAUGAUGAAAAGGAAUUAAAUAUAGACUCCAAUUUAAAUGAAAGCAUGAAAAAAGAAAAUUAUGAAUAUAUUAGAAAACAAAAUAUGUUUGAAAAUUAUGAAAAUAUGAAUAAUUUAAAAAAUGCAUUUUUGGAAGGAGAUCAAAAUAUGUUAAAUAAUACUGAUAUCUUUAAUAAAAUCAAUUUCAAAUUUCAAAAAAAAAAAAGUGAUGAUUCAUAUGAAAAUGCAAACAUGUUUCCAAAUGGUCAAAACGAUGAAGAUAAAAAGUUAAUGGUAUUGUCUCGAUUAUUUGGGAAUGUUAUGGGCGAAAAUGGAAAUAAUAAUAACAAUGAUGAUAAUAUGCAAACACAAAAUGAAAAUAAUAUGAAUAAUAAUGGCAAAUUGUCCAAUAUUCGAAAAAUGAAUACCAAUACUCUUGAACUAGAGUUGUAUAAAAAUAUGCCUCUAGAUACUAUGUUAAAUAAAUUAAACUUAGAUAAGAAUAUUCUUAAUAUAUUAAAAGAUAAAAUAAAUAAUAUUAACAGAAACAUUAAUGUAAAUAUAUGUUCCACUCCUAUGGAAACACCAGAAGAAACAAUUAAAAUGGAAAAUAUAGACUUAUUAAAAUUAAUAAAUUUAUUUGAUGAAUUUUUAAAUUGGUCUGAAAAUAAUUUAUAUCAAAUUAAGUCUCAAUUAUAUAAUAUUGCAUUUUGUUUAUUAUUAGAAUUAUAUAUAUUAAUAUUAGCAAAUAGGUUUUCCAUGCUAAUAGAUUUUAAAAAUAAAUAUUUAAAGAAUUUCGAAGCCUAUCAUCCCGUAAUUAAAUUUCUAUCCAAUUGUGUUAGUUUGAAUCAAAUUUUUGAAAUUUCUCUUCUUCGUUUUAAAGAAAAGAAUGCCAAGCAUAUCGCUUACAUGAACAAAUUGGGGAAAGCAUCUCUCAUGCAUUAUUUAAGUGUUUAUGGGAGUAUUCCAUUAUAUAAUUUAAUUAUGACUAAAAUAAAAAUAAUAGAAAUAGAUGAUGCAAAUAAAAAUUUUAAUUUUUUUCAUGAAUUUAUUUCUAUGAAUUUUUUAUAUAAUGGAAACUUAAACUUCCCAGUUCAAUGGAAUUUACCUUCUAUUUAUUUUAUUAAGGAUGUAUCAGAAACGCAAAAUGAUGAUAACAUAAAAUGUACAAAGGAUAAAGAAGAAAAUUGCUAUGUCCCAAAUGAAAAUAGUGAUGCUUAUUAUUACUAUAAGUAUAUAAUAAAAAUGCAAGCAGACAAUCGAUUAAAAGUUACAAAAAAUAGGAUGCCAAGUAUGUUAUAUUACUGCUUGAACAAUUGCACCGAUAUGACUUGUGCAGAAAUUUCAUCAUUUGAUGGAUCAUUAGUUGCUACUGCCCAUUCAAAUAAUAUAAUAAAACUAUGGAAUAUCAAAAAAUCGCAAAUGAACAAAAUAAAAGAAAAACAAAAAGAUAUGGAAAUUGAUAAUAAUGAAAAUGUCGACGAAAUAAACAAUUAUAGUAAUGUACAAGAAAAUAAACCAGAUUCUAUAUAUUUAGAUGAUCAAGAUGAAAAUGGAAUAGCUAAAUUAUAUGGAAAUAUGCAUAAUGUAUCUAGUUUAUGUUUUGGAGAAACUAAUAAAAUUUUAUUAUCAGGAAAUUUAAAUGGUGAUAUAUAUUUAUAUAGUACAAUAAGUAAUAGAAAUUAUGUUAAAUAUUCAGGUGGACAUACACCUAUAUGGUCUAUAGAUACAGCUUUUUUGGGUUAUUUUUUUUGUACAAGUGAGGAUGAUGGAAAUCUAAGAAUUUAUUCAACUAAUAAAACAUACCCUCUUGUAACAUAUAAAUAUAAUUGUACAUCAAACAUAUGCAAAUAUCACUACAAUAAUACGAUCAUUGGAAGUGGAUAUUAUGAUAAUUAUGUUCAUUUGUACGACAUUAGAAUGAAUUCCUUUAUAAAAAGAUUUAAGAAUAAUUACCCAAGUAAUCAUGGAGUGACUUCUUUGAGUUUUUCAAAAAAUGGAAGACUUCUUUCUUUUGGAGGAGGAUAUACAAAUAACAUAAAUGUUAUAGACCUUGUAGCUGAUAAAUUUAUUGAUGUCGAACCAAAACAAUUUAUUAAUACUAAGGGAUAUAGUUUGGGGGAUUAUUAUAGUAAUACAAAAUCCGAAGAAAAUCAUUUAGGUUUUUAUCCUUUGCCCAAUGAAAGUGAAAAAUUGCUAAUGCAUAAAAAUAUUGACGAGUAUGAAGAUAAAAUAUUAAGUAUCGAUUUUAGUUAUGAUAACAAUCUUUUAGUUUCCAUGUCUUGUGAUAGUCACAUAGAUUUUUAUAAUUGCUCAAAAGCAUCAAAAGAAUUAAAGAAUCCCCUCACAGAGAAAAAACGAAUUAAAUCAAGAAAAGACAAUAAAAAUAAUAGUCCAUAUGUCCGAUUGUCAAAAUCAUAUGGUGUUAAUUAUUCAAACUUAAUAUCUGCGAAGUUUACGCCCGAAAAUGUUCUUCUUUUAUUCGGAAUUAAUACCUUAAUAUGA